GGAGAGAGCCCGGGGAGGCUGCUCCGCGCCGGCGGCUCAGUGCCCGGCGCUCCCACCCAUCCACCCCACCUUCUCUCCCUCCUCCUCCUUUUCCUUCUCCUUGCCCAUCCUUCUUCCUAUCCGCUCAAAACUCCUCAGCUGAGCUCCCCCUACACCCCAUCGUCUGCAACUGAGUAAGAAAGAGGACUUCUAGAAGAGGGAGGGGGUCGGAAGCCUCCCCUCCACCCCCUAUCUCUAGCUCUGGUUGCCCCCCCCCCCCAUUUUCCGUCUCGCUCUUCACUGUGCCCCAGGUUGCUCACUCGGGCCAAGCGCCAGCCAUGUCUAUGCUGCCGUCUUUUGGCUUCACCCAGGAGCAAGUGGCCUGCGUUUGCGAGGUUCUCCAGCAAGGGGGGAACCUGGAGCGUUUGGGGAGGUUUCUCUGGUCCCUUCCUGCCUGCGACCAUCUGCACAAGAACGAGAGCGUCCUCAAGGCCAAGGCCGUGGUCGCCUUCCACCGGGGCAAUUUCCGUGAGCUCUACAAGAUUUUGGAGAGUCACCAGUUCUCCCCCCACAACCAUCCGAAGCUGCAGCAGCUGUGGCUGAAGGCUCACUACGUGGAAGCAGAGAAACUGCGGGGCCGACCCCUCGGGGCAGUGGGGAAGUACCGGGUCCGCCGAAAAUUCCCUCUGCCGAGGACCAUCUGGGACGGGGAAGAGACAAGCUAUUGCUUCAAAGAAAAGUCUCGAGGUGUGCUGCGAGAGUGGUAUGCACACAACCCUUAUCCCUCACCCCGAGAGAAGCGCGAGCUUGCUGAGGCUACUGGGCUGACCACCACCCAGGUCAGCAACUGGUUUAAAAACCGGAGGCAAAGGGACAGAGCAGCGGAAGCCAAAGAAAGGGAGAACACUGAAAACAAUAACACAUCCUCCAACAAGCAGAAUCAGCUCUCUCCCCUGGAUGGGGGCAAGCCACUCAUGUCCAGCUCAGAAGAGGAAUUCUCACCUCCCCAAAGUCCAGAUCAGAACUCAGUCCUCCUACUCCAAGGCAACCUGAGCCAUGCCAGAAGCUCAAACUAUUCGUUGACUGGCUUAACUGCCUCUCAGACAGCCCACAGCCUCCAGGGGCACCAACAUCAGCUCCAGGACUCCCUGCUCGGACCCCUCACCUCUAGCCUGGUGGACUUAGGCUCCUAAAGCAAAAGUACUUCUGACCCAUGGAGAACUAGUUGAAGCAUCCACUGAUCAGCAACUAGAGACGUUUGUAAAUAUAGAACAGGAACAAUUUUGCAGCGCAUAUCUGGGGAACUUUAUGCAUCAAGGAAACAUGGACUUUCACAAAUACCCUUUUAAAAAAAGGUUAACGGAAACAACACUGCUCUCAAGAAAUGAUCUCUCCUCCCCAAUUCUUAUUACUUUUACCUUUAUCCCCUUGUCCCUAAGUGCUGGUGCAAACCCCCAAACUAACAAAACUUCAGUGACCUACCAGUUUAUGCUACUGAUUCCAUCACCUUAAAUUAAGUUAAAAAAAAAGGAAUUACAAACUAGUUGGAUUUCAAUUCUUUAAUUUAUUUAUGAUUCAUUUUUAAAGGAGAGAGGAAAAAGAGAAGUCUGAUGCAAACAAGAGUCUCUACCACUGGGGGAAUUUGGUUGAAUUCUUAAGCUGAAUAGGGGAAAAAUUCUCAAAACCUUUUUUUUUUUGAGGGAGGAAAUUAAGUUUACAUUUUUCAUAUCUAGUGUUAAAUGAUUUCAAUUUAGUUUAAAAUAAAAAAGUAUUAGAAAAUCAAGUGCCUAAAUGUCUUAAUGCACAUAUAUAAGUCAGUUAGAAAUAGAAAGUGACCAUUGCAUUUUUGUUGGACUUUUAGGGAUUUUUAAGAGGAGGUUGUUGAUUUUCUUUCUUUUCUUUUUUUUUUUUUGAUGGACUUUUGAAAUGCAUCAAUGUGAAGUAUCACAGUUUCCUGGAUGUUUCUUCUUAUGCCCUCAAUGCUUUCAUAUCCAGUAGUAUACUCUUGCUAAGUGUUUCUCCUAUUCCUAGUUUUUAGCUUGCAAAAGUAUUCCCAUAAAUCUGGUGACCUGGUAUUUGUUACCCAAAAUGGCAUGUGUUUUUCAGGGUUCUUUUCUAUUGUACCUAAAGCAGCCUAAAUUAAAACAUAGCAGAGCAGCA